UCGGUACGCAUAAAAGCGCGAGAAAACAGGCAAGCUAAUCAGAGGGAAUCGAGUCAGCCAUCACGAUGAAGAGUUGGACGAUUCUAGCCUUGCUGUUUACAGUCUGUGCUGUGUUUCUUGGUGUUGGGCACACUGAAGAAACUCCAGAUGAUUUUAGAGAAGUAGCUUUGGAAGAUGCCAAUAACGAUGCUGAAAAUGAUGCGCAAUUGUAAGUUUCUGUGCUUUGUAAUUUCCUUAUUGGUAUGUAGUUAUUUUCCUUAUUUUUAUUAGAAAUUUUCAGUUUAAUACAACGUAUAGAUAUGAGGUUUGGGAAGGCUUUAUUUCUGGAUCUCCACGAGAAACGGAAAUUAUAGACCUACCAAAUAUAAGUAAAGUUAGUUUACGGUUUAGGUUUCCUCCUGUUGUAACACUGGACAAAUAAGAGAUAUGGCUCUUACUGCAGGACCUCUGGGGAGAGCAGUUUAGAGAUAGUAUAUGCAUAAAAACACGUAUAUACUGUAUAUAAUAUCCAGUUUACAUAGGCUCAUUUAGUUGAAAUUAAGAAAUUCUUUUAUGAUCGUUUUAACAGUUAAAGUAUUUUUAUUUUUGCAGGGCAGAUUCAUUCAAGAAUCCAGAAAAUGAUGACGACGAUGAUGAUGAUAACGACGAUGAUGACGACGAUGAUGAAUCCCGGUAAGCAAAAAAAAUCUAUUACUGUUCUACACUCCACAUUACAUGGACUAAAUAUCUAGAUGUUGGGGUUUAUCGUUCCAUAGAAGUAAUAGUACAUGGGCUUUUGUAGAUGGAGUAUUCGACGCAACCAGUUGCGAAAAGUAAAUACACCAUACCAUGGGCCGCAUACUAUGCCACCAGUCGAUGCCACACCAUACUAUACCAUGCAUACCAUACCAAACUGAACCAUACCACACCAUAUACCAUAUACUAAACCGAACCAAACCUCACUAUACCAUACCAUGCACAUCUCACCACAUCAUACAAUACCUAUCUGCUGUAAAAUACUGUAAAACAUUCUUGAAAUUAGCUAUAAAGAGUUGGAACAAACCAUUGAAUUGGUAAAUUUCAUUAAUUAGUAUAUCUUCUCACAUUUCAGAGAGAACGCCGUUGACGGUGUAAAUGAGACACCAUCAAAUGACGAAGAUGAACCAGAAAUGUUCAAACGCGCACCAUGGCGUCGUCGUCGUCGCCGCCGUCGUCGUCGUCGUAUAUGGCGUCUUCGUAGAAUUCGACUUCCCAGAAUUAGAAUUCGUCUUCGACGUGUUGUUCGUCGGGUUAAGGAUAAGCUCAAAAAGUUUAAACCAUGUUUGAAGACAGUUUGUGGAUUUGUGAAGAAUUCUAGAAGUUUAAGUAAGUCUUACGCCUGCCGCUUGAUCAUAAGGAAGAAGUCAGGGGAGGGCACCCAAAGAAUGUUCAGUCAGUAUUCACACAUAUACAGCGCACUAUAAUUAUGCAUUCAGUUCUGAGAUCUAUACUUUGGGAUGGUAACUCGCCUUAAUUUAAAUCGCCUAAACUUUUAUCUUACUAGCUUACGCAACAGACUCUCGAUCACCUUAGAUCGCGGCUUAAAAUUGUCCGAAGUUUUCUAAAAACGCCUAAACUCGCAAGCCAGGCCUACAUUGAGAUGGUAACUCGCUUUAAAUUGCCUUAAACGGCAUUAAAUCGCAGCCUAAAAUUGACCGACGUUUUCCAAAAUCGCCUAAACUCCGCAUUAUCUCGCGGCUAGGACAAACAUUGUUAAUUUCUUCUUCAAUUUUCAUCCAAAUUUUACGGCAGUUAGCACCUGAUAGUUUUUUAGUUAUCCUUCCGACAGGAAACCAAACACACACGCGCGAAUAUAUAACUUCUUGGACCCAGGGGAACUCCCUUUGAGGAGGGGAGGAGGGUGAGCUGGCAGAUUAUUGAAAUUCUAGCUUACCCUAUUUCAGACCAAAUAUAAACGAGUUUCCAUACAGCACAAAAACAAGAUAAAGAUGUAGAUAUUUUCACUCCUUCGAACAUAUAUCGAACUCACGUCAUUUCUUCAUUUGUAGUUGUGAAAUGGGCUUGCCGUCAGGUCGAUAAACUGAGAGAUGAAGAAGGUAUGUGCAAAAUAUUGAUGAAAUAAAGCUCGGAUCAACGAUAAUGGGAGUGUAUGAGAGUUGGAAGUAAAAGCGACUUGGUUAGCUGUUGUUAAUGCUAUCCCAACACUAUUCUUGUCAAACGAUUCUCAACUCGAAGCCAUAGUAACAUCUCAAAUGUAUGUGAUUGUCUAGAAAGUUCUUUCACAUUAGACAAACUUUUUUUCGUCUUUGAAGUGGUUCAUAACACGAAAUUUCAUCCAAUCUUUUCUUGAUUGCUUUGCGAAAAUCAUCUAAAGUGACUAUGUAUAAGGACUCUUUGGUAGAAUACGCAGAUACGGAUAUCGUUAUCCCACACGAUAAACACUCUGUUAUAGAAACUCAUUAUGCAGGGUAGUGAUGUCGUACUGAUGAUAUUUUGUCUGUCAAACAAAGUUGAAUAUCUCGGAAAGGCUACAAGUUAUAGUAUUCUACCAAAAAUGUUACAUGGUUAUUUUUCAAUUUAAGUGAUCUUUGCAAUAUUAUUAAGAAAGAUUGAGUGUCAUACAUAAACACUCUAGUACUCAGUAUACAAAACAAUAAAUAAUUUGUCAUGUAUGUAUGUAUAUAUGCAACGUUGACUAUAUAUGAAGUCAUAUGAAUAUUUUGUUCUUCCACAUGCAGAAUACCCGCUUCUGUCGAGUGAUGAAAUGUUUAUUGAAGCGCAUGAAGCCGACGAAUUAGUGAAACAAGGAUAUGUGAAGGAGGAACAACGGAAAAACGAAAGCCCGUGAAAUAAUCUUGAAACACGUUACACGAAUAAUCGCAUAAAUUCAAUAAAGUAAUCAAUGAAUGUUCGUAUUUUUUUAAAUUAGUGGAACUCUGGCACAAAUGCAUGUACACUUAACCAGAAAUAUUAACAGCAUUUUUAGCUCGGUAAUGUUAUAAGUAAGGUUUUAUUUCAUAAAUAAAGUGCAUCGUUAAACUUUCAAACUAGUUAUCAGAUCUUUUUUGAGUGUGAACAUCAGAG